AUGGCAAUGGAAGAACCCAACAGGAAGAACUGUAAAUACUUCCCAGGCAAUGGGACAGACUUGAAGGUGGGAAAAGGCACAAACUUUGGAGAGAAGAGCAGAGAUGAGGAAAGAUGGUCAGUGGCAGCAGAUACUGAGAGGCUAAAGAUGACUUUGAAGAGCAAUGUUGACUAUAGAAAAACAGCAGACGGAUUGAAUGAUGCUCCAUUGCCUCCUAGAGGACAGCCCAUUGGCACAGAAACCCGGCUCCAGGCACUGGAAACGGCCAGUUAUUCCCCAGAUUGCAUGUUUAAAGUGGUGUUUGUGGGCAACUCUGGUGUUGGGAAGACUUCCUUCAUCCACCGCUUUUGCUAUGACAGGUUCUUGGCAGACCUCAACGCAACCAUUGGUAUUGAUUACCAGGUGAAGAGUCUGAUGGUGGAUAACACCCAGGUUGCCUUACAGCUUUGGGAUACAGCUGGACAAGAGAGGUUUCGGAGCAUUACCAAGCAAUAUUUCCGGAAGGCAGAUGGGAUUCUGGUGAUGUACGACAUUACGGCUGAGUGCUCCUUCAUGGCAGUGCGGAACUGGAUGAGCAGUGUCCAGGAAGGUAUUGAGGAUGGAGCUGUGAUCUUUCUGCUUGGAAAUAAAACAGAUGCUGUUCCAAGAGGGGCCCGGAGUGUGCCCAAGGUGGAGGGAGAAAGGCUGGCAAAGGAAUACAAGGCUGUCUUCUAUGAGUGCAGUGCGAUGACUGGCUAUAACAUCGUGGAGCCCAUGCUGCACAUGGCCAGGUUACUGACAGCACAGGAAGACAGGCAGAGGGAGACUGCCCUGCAGCUUGAAGCUGUCAGCAGGAGGAAAGGGUGCUGCACCUAAGGCACAAGACCAAUGUGGCUCUGAAGGAACCCAGAGGUUAUCAGUUGUCUGUCCCUGCUGGUGGUAAGUACAGGAGGUUUAGAAAAGCUGAUCAAGAACCCUCAUUCUGAGGGCAGUACAAGAGCAAUUCAUCCUGUUUUGUUUAUUUUUCCUCUUCAAAGCAGCCAGAGUUUGGAUCAUCAGGGAUGGCAGUGCAGAGAAGAGAACUCGGGGAGAUGUUUCCUGAAUGUCUGGGGACAAUGUAGUGCUUUCAGAGAGCACGCACUGUAACCUUAUGUCUGUAUUUCUAGAACUAGACGUAUAUUUAAUAAUAUCUCAAGCACCCUUCUCACUGGAGUUAGAAAUUUGGUUGUUCUUAAUCCCUGUGCCAUGGCUCAUUUCCAGCUGAAUUGGAUACUUUUGUAUGUUACAGAACUAGAACUCUCUGCAUCUUCAACCAGAGAAAUUAUUACUCAUUUCCCCUUCUAUAAACUGAUGGUACAGUAGGUACUUCAUUUUAGAUUCUUUUUUUUUUAGCAGAGACAAAGUAGACUUUUGUUUAAACCAUGAUAGGGUGGCACAGAAUUUGAGCAGGUUGCACUUAGACAACAGUAAGCACCAGAGUGGGUGUUACAUGGAUGGGACAAGGAUCUUUCAUUGUCUCUCCAAAGAAUAUUUCAGUUUCUGGUUAGAAAACCUAGACACAUUCAGUCUAGAGGAGCAUAUUGCUGGUAUUUGAACCUUUCUGAUAAAAGAUCCAAACUCAUCUAGGAACCACUUUUCACAAAAUUCCUUAUUUUAUCAAAUCCACCUAUUUUUUUUGUCAGAAUCUCUCCUGCUUUCAAAUGGCAGCCUUGGGAGCCACCAUCCUCUGUGAGCAACUGCAGGAAACUGCAGCAUAAAUAAGCAGAUAAUGGUGGUAUCCUGAGAUGGUAGGAGACCUAAGACAGAAUGCAGAAAUAAUUCUACCUGGAGGCUUGCUUAUUCCUGCACUGUGUUGGCUGCAGUUUUUGGUGGACAGGUGGCUCUUUGCACAUAACUUGUAAGGCAUUCUGAAAUCAUACCACAAAAAAGCACUCCUCUUACAGCCUGGCAAAUGUAUCCUGGCACAUGUCACAAUGCAGCUGGGUAUGCAAUCAGAGCCAGAGGCAGAGGAGAAGAAACAGCUGCUCUAAUAGGCAGCCAGAGUCCCCCAAAACUUCACGCUGAGGCAAAGGGAACCCACUCUGCCUUUAGUUUCACUUUUCUCGUGUUAACAUGUUAUAGAUAAGCCUAACAGGAUGAGCCUGACAGCAUCUUUCUGAAAAAAGUUAGAAUGAUGUUGUUUAAAACUUUCCUACAGGACAAAUGCAGGAAUCCCAAAGGCUUGGGAUGUUUCUUCCCUUCUGCCUGUAAUUGUGAUGAAUAAGGUAUCGGGGAAAAAACAUCCAGCUUGUCAAAUAAUAGGAUUACUAGCAUUACUAGAAAAAUCCUCACUUAGAAUCAGGAUCCUUGUUUAUUCUCUAUUCUCCUUGCUGCAGUCACGUGCACUUGAACACACUGGAGACAUGACCGUGUUCAUGUCUCAUACCUGCUUCACGUGCCUCCCUCUCAGGACGGAGGCCCAGACAACCGUAUGGUAGAGCCGGGGUGCACGGACAGCACAGAGCUCACUGGCGAAGGCUCGUGUCAUCCCUCAGCAAUUACACACACGAGUCCAGCUCUUCGUGGGAUUUCUGGGAGUGCCCGCUGCUCCUUCCAGGGCAGCUUGUUCCUGUGACACCGCUGGCACCUCAAAGGCAUGCUGGGGUACAGCUGCUUGCGCAGAUACACUGGCUACUGUGGCACGACUUGGGUUUCUUUAUUCCAGCAGCCUGAGCUCUAAGGAAUGUUUUCCACUUAUACACAUUUAAUCAGUUCCUGCCAUGGUGGUCAUGCAGUCUCUCCUGGAUUCUUUUCUGUCCUGUUACUGUUUUCUAUUCAUGUCUUUUUCAUGCACUUUUGACUUGGUUAAUCACUUUUUCCACAUAUACUGAAUAAGUACCUAUGCUCUGGUUAUAAACAGACCUUGUGUUCAGUUCAUGAUAAAUAUCUUUAACACUCUGUUUUGAUAUCUCCUGGUCCAUAUAUCUCUCCAGUAGAUCUAUAGUACUGCAGUUCUGAACUCUUAGCUCUUUGAGCCACUGUCAUUCUGCUUAUUACUUAUCUAGCUGCUUAUGAGUCACAUUCAUAGUUAGUUGCACACUACAAGAAGCGAGCCCCAGAUUCUUCACGCCUGCGAGGCAUGCUUUGUGUGUUCAUUAAGCCAAGCAGUUUAAUAAGGCCCUGCAGACUCUGGAGUAGCUUUAUGCCUUUUCUUAGUCCACUAGUACUGACCAGGUAGAAUUAGUAUUUUCAAAGUAAAGGCUAUGUAUCUAAGUGUUUACAGAAGUUACAUUCGUGCAGUUCUGGGUACAGGUGGUGGCAGUGGGUCCUGCAGGUGAGCAGGCAGCAACCAAAGAACACAUUCAAAGGGCAAAGUGUUGCUGAAACGGCCUGUUGUGUCAUUUCCUGAAUGAUGUGACCAGGCCGCUGGGUCCAUGACUGCUCCAGUAAUUAGCUGGGAGGAACAGGGUCUUGUGGUAUACAUCACCUCUGCCUUCCCGGCAAGGCCCACGGAUGCCACAUAGACAGCAGUACUGUCUAGCUGUGCCCAUUUGCUGACCUAGAUCUGCCGAGGUGGGAGGUUGUGGUCUCUCCUGUUUGUACGUGAAAUCCCUGGACACGGGAAGAAGGCAGCCAAGUACAGCUGCACUAGGCCCUGCCAACGAGGGUUUGGGCACUGGGUUGGGACAUUUUUUUUUUUUUUUUGUUCCUGGCCCUGCCACAGGCUUUCUGUGGGAAUCGGAGUAAACCUUUAGACAUCAAAGUGUGACUAGUCACUUGAGUCCCCUCUUUUCAAUCACUUGGCUCUUCAAGGACUCUAAGCUAAAACCCAGUUAGGUUCCCAGAGGGCUGAGGAAACAGAAGUAGAUUUAUUUCCUCCUUGUAGUCCUUUUCUUUCAUAAUGCUGCUUAUACUUAAAUGAAGCUUUUAUGCUUGUUUCCACUUCAUACCUAGAUUUUUCUUGCUCCUUCCAGUUUUGUAUGAAAAGGGCUCUUCUCUGCUGCUUUUGGCCUAACUUGGCGCCUAUUCUUUUGAAAAUGUUUCUUUUCUCAGCCUUUCUGGGGCUGCAGUGCCCUCUCUGGUUCCUUGUAAA